CGUCAAUGCUGUCAUAAAUGUCACAAAGCAACAGGAACUCAAACUAAAUGUGAUUGCUGUGCAAGCCGUUGGAAUGCUUCAAAACUGGUAGAGAUUAUAUGUAAGCAAUUAAAUUGAUAGGACGAAAUCCGGCUGGUAAAAUGUCGAAAACGGGCAGAUUCUAUCCUAUCGAGGAAAUUGUUAAGAAGCGCACUCGAAAAGGAAAUGUUGAAUAUUAUGUAAAGUGGAAGGGUUACUCGUCCAAAUCAAAUUCUUGGGUACAUGCAAGCUGGUUUAAAGAAUCACCGAAAAAGGAACGUCAGCCAAAGAAAACGACGACCAAACAUGUUCGUCAAUCGACAACAAAUCGAAUCUCUAAAGCCAAUCCUCAAACAACAAAGAAGAGCACCACCAAAACGGCUUUAAUUGCCGCAGCAGCUAAAAUAAGCUCUCAGGUCGGCCUUACAAAAGGAAGGAAACGUACCACCAAACCAGAAUCUUUCGCUCAAACAAGUCCAACAACUACAGCGAAGAAAAGCUCAAAAGCCAAUCCUCGAUCAAAGAAGUCGGAAGAAUUUUACGAAAUCGAGCGAAUUUUAGGCAAGCGGAUUGUAAAUAGUAAGGUUGAGUACCUCGUUCACUGGAAAGGCUUCAGCAGAGACGAAAGUUCGUGGGAACCGGAGGGUCCCUUGAAAAGUGAUUAUGUUCAGGUGUACUGUCAUUCGUUAAGAAACGCAUUUCUGGACUAAAAUGCAACUUCAUCUGUGUCUGUUUUGUAUAAUAUAAAUGUAAAUAAUGGCAAGACGAAACGGAGCACAAUUCGGAAUAAUAAGAAUUUUGUAAAUAUUUUGUUAUAUUAUCGAAAUAGUCAGCGCAGUAAUGUCCUGUUCAAUUCUAUUUAAAAAUUACAAUUUUUGGCAACUCAAUUAUGAAAAUUGAAUUAGCUUUCAAGAUCUAAAAAUAAAUGAGUCUAAUGUUCAA